AUGAAUGCAUUAACUAAACAAGAGUAAGUUAAUAUUCAAGAGUUUGAAGAAAGAUUAGAACAGCUGGAUGAUGAACAUCGAGAAUUCCAAAGAUAAAUCAAUCAAGCUCAAGUUGAGUUGGAUGCUACUGAUCAAAAACUAGAAGAUUGCAAUCAAUUCCUUGUUCAGAGAUAGGCUGACAGAUUAUAAUACUAAUCCUAAUUGGAUCUAGAAAAUGAAACCUAUGCUGUUGACACUGACAUUUAUACUCAAACUGCUAAUGAACUCCAAAGGGAAUUGCCUAUUGCAGAAUAAGGAUUAUCGCUAAUAAAAUCAGCCGAUUUUUCUGAUAUUAAGAUAUGAAUCAUAAUAAAUAAUUAUUUAUUU